GUUACACACACAGCUGUGUCGGCUAGGAAUGGUUGCCAUGGUGGACAUGUCUCCAUAGCGACGUCGUUUUAAGCACAUAAAACUUGUUUUCUUUAAUUACGGGCUGAACAUAAUGGCAGAGACGGUUGAUGGCAAGAAGGAAGAGGCAGAUUAUAAGAGACUACAUAACUUUCCUCUUAUAAGGCAUACUGAUAUGCCUGAAGAGAUGCGGGUAGAGACCAUGGAGCUCUGUGUUACAGCGUGUGAAAAGUUUGCCACUAAUAAUGAGAGCGCAGCUAAAAUGAUAAAGGAGUCGAUGGAUAAGAAGUUUGGGAGCUCUUGGCAUGUGGUGAUUGGCGAAGGCUUCGGGUUCGAAAUCACACAUGAAGUCAAGAACCUGCUUUACAUGUUCUUUGGUGGAAGUUUGGCGGUUUGUGUAUGGAAAUGUUCCUAACUCAAGCACUCAAAGACUUUUCAUGAGCUUCCAGACUUUAAAGUGGAUAUGCCACAUGAACAUGGUUCUAUAUAUUCAAUACCAACAUGAUCUCCUGGAAAGAUGUAACUGUUUUACAAUGUGGCAAUAUUGGUUUAUUUAUGCAAGUGGUCUGUGGGAAAAUGUAUGAACUAGAGCUUACAAAAUUCAAAAGAAUCAGCCACAAACUUAACUUUAAUAGUUACAAAUUGCCGUGUGAUUAUGUUGUCAACUGAACAGGGUGCAUUAAUUUACUUCAUUUUGAAUGUAGCAUUCUAUGAUUUCAUCUCAGUUCUCUCAAAACCGCACACCAUCAUAGGUUUUAUUGUCCAUUUAAGCCACUCUUUCUCCUGUCUUUUAUCUGUCCACCCUCUGUUUCUUAUUGUUAUGUCCUUUCAUUUUUUUUCUGAAGGAUAGAGUAUUUUUAUAAGACAAAAAUGAUAUUUUUUAAUUACUAUAUAUGAACACAUUUGAUCAGUUUUAAAACUUCAGAUAUUUUAUAGGAGGUGUACGUUUUGCACAGCUCUAAUGUGUGUUUGUUUUUAUUAAUGACUAUUACGUCAUGUUCUUGUGUAAUAAAACCCCAUUAGUGAAGUGAAA